GGUUCAUAGUUGAAAUUCGAAAAGAUGGUGGCGCACGCAGAAAUACGCGUGGUUCACCGUGGUGGCAGCAAAAUAAACUUCAGAGAGCCAGUUAUUACAAAUGAUUCCAGGUCAAGUCUGUCAUCAACCUCCUGUUUGCCGCCUACACCGGAAACGUCUCAGCACUAAGGAGGUCAAAUUUGCUCUGUCCUCCAUGGACAUGGAGCAGAGGGACUAUGACUCCAGGACGGCUUUACAUGUGGCUGCAGCAGAAGGACAUGCAGAGGUGGUGCGCUUCCUCUUGGAGGCGUGCAAAGUGAACCCUGUUCCCAUUGAUAGGUGGGAUAAGACCCCAAUGGAAGAGGUCUUGCAUUUUGUCCAUCACGACAUGGUCACCAUCCUCCAGGACUAUCAAAACAAGUACAACCCACAAGAGGCCCCCAAGAAGGACAAGGAGACAGCAGAGAACAACCUGGGCGGCCUGCUGUAGUGUAGACAUCCAAGCCAGUUGAUGGCGCCACGCUGCUUUUGUAUCCUCUCUACUAGACUGCUGUUUCUUUGGUGGGAUAAAAACUUUUUGGAGUGACUUUUGUCGACUUUGUAUGAUGACUUUAUUUCUGAACUGUGUGUUUGAUUAAAUGUGUUUGACAUGUUUUAUACUCCUUUGUUUUACUGUAAGUGUUUUGCUUUACCUUUUGUUGUGUGUGUGUGUGUGUGUGUGUGUGUGUGUGUGGUGAGAGUGAGUCCCAAAUCAAAGUGCAGAAUCUGAUUGAAUCUUUGUGACAUUGGUGUGCAAUAUAAAGUGAUAUCAUUAUACAUAUGCUGCUACAUGUAAAUUGUAUAUUUAUGUACUGUAUAAAGUAAAUAUAUUUCAUGAUAUCAAGUACCAAUACUAUAAUUCAAUGUAAUAGUUUAGCAGUUUGGUAUUUUUCCUGGAAGGCCACAAUGUGUAGUAAUCUUUGGCCAAACCAGGCACAUUAGAGUCUAUGGAGCGAUAUGAUGUUGAAUCUGAAAUUCAGUUUAUGUUGGCACUAAUAUCACUCCAUAACAUUCUAGCUAUAUGUCUUGGUUAAUGGCUGGUUGGAAAAAAUGAAAAAGACUGUAGCUCCUAAAGACAUGAUGGGCCACCACUUGGGUAGAAGCACUAUAUGGUCCUGUAGCCUACUUUGUCACAUGUAAACAAGUUUAGGAUGCCAAAUGUUACCAAACAUCCUACGCUUCCACUAGUCCCAGUCAAACUUAUCUUGACCUUUAUCAACCCUACUGCAUAUGCCCUUUAGCUUUCAUUUCAAUUUCAUUUUAUUGUACUUUAUUUGGGACGGCACAAGACACUUAAACCAAAAAAAAGGUGUAUAUUUUUGGUCUAGUGUUCUUUUUUUGUAUUAUGAUUUUCUCUUAACAAUGGAAUUUUACUUCUCUCUUGCUCAAUACUGUCUGCUAUGUGCACACAGUUGUCUGUUGUAGAUCUGGAACCACUGACAGAAUAGGGGAGUAUCUGUGGCCACUAGUCUGGCAUCAGUAGUCUGAAAUAGGAGGAAACCAGUUGGACAUGUACAUAAACAUAUGGCAGUUGACAUUAAUAUUGUCAAAAACUCAUCCUAAAUGUCUCACACUUUUUGAAGGAACUUGUGCCUUUGGCGAGGAUUCAAUAUUCCCACGGAGCUGGUGUGUGUAAAGGACCAUAUAAAAUCAUCUGAAUGAGGGUUA